AUGCCUUCAGGAGUGCCUUCAGUCAUCAAACAUCAGUCUUCAGGAGGGCCUUCAGUCAUCAAACAUCAGCCUUCAGAAGGGCCUUCAGUCAUCAAACAUCAGUCUUCAGAAGGGCCUUCAGUCAUCAAACAUCAGUCUUCAGGAGGACCUUCAGUCAUCAAACAUCAGUCUUCAGAAGGGCUUUCAGUCAUCAAACAUCAGCCUUCAGAAGGGCAUUCAGUCAUCAAACAUCAGUCUUCAGAAGGGCCUUCAGUCAUCAAACAUCAGUCUUUAGGAGGGCCUUCAGUCAUCAAACAUCAGUCUUCAGAAGGGCCUUCAAUCAUCAAACAUCAGCCUUCAGGAGAGCCUUCAGUCACCAAACAUCAGCCUUCAGAAGGGCCUUCAGUCAUCAAACACCAGUCUUCAGGAGGGCCUUCAGUCAUCAAACACCAGUCUUCAGGAGGGCCUUCAGUCAUCAAACAUCAGCCUUCAGGAGGACCUUCAGUCAUCAAACAUCAGCCUUCAGGAGGGCCCUCAGUCACCAAACAUCAGUAG